AUGGAGGACGCGCACGCCGCGGUACUGGAUUCUAACGGGGAUGGACGGCCAGAGGUGUUCGCCGUUUUCGACGGUCACGGGGGCAGCGAAGUGGCAGCCUUUUGUGGGCGGCACCUACCAGCGCAGCUCGCAACGGCUCUAGAAGCCAAUCCUGGGGAUAUUCCCAAGGCCCUCAUAUCCACCUUCUUCAGGAUGGACGAGAUCAUGGCUUUGGAGGAGCAUCGGGCGGAGCUGCAGCAGCUGGCGAGCGAGGGCAAGGAGAGCGAGGACGCGCGGUUGAGGCAGGAGGAGCGAGAAGCGCGCCGAGGCGAGGGCGAACGCAGCGCGCUCGUUGCCUCUGUGUUUGGGGCUGGUGAGGAGGAGGAGGAAGAGGAGGAAGAGGGGGAAGAGGGGGAAGAGGAAGAAGGGGAAGAGGAAGAGGAGGAGGAGGAAGAGGAGGAGGAAGAGGAGGAAGGGGAGGAAGGUGAGGAGGAAGAAGAAGAUGACGGGGAGGACGAGGAAGGGGAAGAGGCGGAUAGUGGUGGGGAGGUGGUAGGGGAGGGGGGUAAGGGUGGAGCAUCGGAGAACAGAGCAGAAGCAGCAGAAGCAGCAGACGACAAUGCAGGGGCUAAGGACAGGACAGAAGGGGUCCAGAAUGGGCCUACAGGAGGGGAAAGAAGAGAGGGUGGAAAGGAGGAAGGGGAGAAUGAAACGGCUGGAUGCGAAGGUGUGGAGCAGGGGGAGGAGCAAGGGGAGAAGCAGGGGGAGGAGAAGGAGCAGGGAGGGAGGAGCCGAGCGAAACGAAAAUCAAAGCCUAAGAGAAGCACAAGCGCGUUAGGCGCUCAGGGGAAGGGCGUAACAGCAGAGGACGAGGAGAGGGGCAAGGAGAAGGAGGAGGGUGAGAGUGGUGCAGAGAAGGUUGAGAGUGGUGCAGAGAAGGUUGAGAGCGGUGCAGAGAAAGUUGAGAGUGGUGCAGAGAAGGGUGACAGAAGUGGAGAGAAGGUGGAGAGCGGUGAGGAGAAGGUUGAGAGUGGUGGGCACAAGAAGAAGAAGAAAGCGAGCAAGAGGAAAAGGGAGGGCGAGCGGAAGGAGGGAGGGGCGAGGGCACGCGUGCAUUCCUCUUCCCUGUCGUCUAGCCUCAUCAAGAUGUUUCUUGCUGACGUUGUGCGGAGAUCCAAGGAAGAGAAGGAGAAGGAGGAGAAGGAGAAGGAUGGAGGGAAAGGGGAGGAGGGGAAGGAGGGGCAGAGAGGUAAGGAUGGGAAGGGCAGAGUAGCAAAGGGUAAAGGACGGGUGAAGAGCAAGGGAGGAGACGGAGGAGGGAAGGAGAAGGGGGAUGAGGGAGGGACGGGUGUGGGGAAGACGGAAGGGGUGAAAGGUGGGGAGGAAGGGGAGGAAGAGGAGAGGAAGGAGGGAAAGGAGGGGGAGGGUGAUACAGAGAUGGUGGUGCUAAGAAGGGAGGAAGGAGAGCAGGGGGGUGGAGGCGAGGAGUUGGAGGAAGAGGACGAGGAGGACGACGAGGGAGCAAAGCCAAUAUUCAUGGUCAAAAGAGGGACAGGGGCACCCCAAAAAGCUUAUCGUGGCCCCGAGGCAGGGUGCACGGCGGUGGUAGCAGUGGUGGCGGGGAAACAGCUGGUGGUGGCGAAUGCGGGCGACUCGCGGUGUGUGGUGAGCCGGGGAGGCGAGGCGGUGGAGAUGUCGCGAGACCACAAGCCCACCAUGCCAGAGGAGAGGAGGCGGAUCGAGCAGUCGGGGAAGUUCGUGUCGGAUGGCCGGAUAGACGGCUGCCUCAACCUCUCUCGUGCCCUAGGGGACAUGGAAUACAAGCACAGGCCCGAUCUACCUCCAGAGAAACAGGCAGUCACUGCACUGCCAGAAGUCAAAUCAGUUGAUCUAACGGACAAAGACGAGUUCAUCGUGCUUGCAUGCGAUGGCAUCUGGGACGUAAUGUCAAGCCAAGCCGUGGUCACGUUUGUGCGAUCAAGGCUGGCGACAGAGGUACCCCUAACCGACAUAUGUGCACAGCUCAUGGACGCAUGCAUUGCGAAGGAUGCCCACUCGUCGCCUCUAGGCCUGGACAACAUGACAGUCAUCAUCGCUCAGCUCAAACCCGCCAUGUGGCAAUCCCCUCCUUUGCCUCCCAAAGAAUCCUGCGAGGCCACUUUCACCUUCGACAAACCGACACAUUAG